AUGGAAACUCCCAGCGAUAAGACAGUGAAGAGCUCUAACCCCAGCAAUUACGGUUUCGUCUACAGCGCUGACCGGCCGGUACCUCUCCCUGAAGCCGGAUGGAUCGAGAAGCAGGGAGAUGAGCAGAAGAUCAGUCUCUAUAGUGAGAAUGUGCUAAAAGAAGGGGACACAACUGAAUCAGUUGAUCGAGAAUCAAUCGCCGAUCUGUCCACAACUAAAAGACAGUGGGAAAGCAUAUUUACAUCACACAACAUCACUCAAGGAGAUUCAACAUUAAAAAAGAAGUCUGCCCCAAAGUGGGAAGUAAGAAUACCAUAUAAAGAAAAGAACGUUGCAAGCUCACUUGAUCACGAUUCUGAGAGUUCACAAGUAAACGGCUUAGAAGAAGUACAACGAGGCGAUUCUGAGAUGUUUAAGAAGCAGAUUGAUUCCGAGAGUGCUAUCGAGCGAGAGAUACGGUUAGCCAAUGAGAGGGAACACGUCAUCAGGAAGGAGAAGGAGAUUAGGGAGAAGCAGGUGCAAAAGCAGAAGAAUCAGGGGCAAACAAUCAUGACCUCUUACGAAGCUGAGAGCGAGUCCUUCCAUCCCGUAUACAACGAACUAGCCGAGGCUGACAGAGGCUCUGAUUUGUGGGGCAGAGGACAGAGAAACAGAAAAGAUAGCGAGGAUGAUGAUUAUGCUGAUCAAAGCAAUGAAGGUGCGAACCUUAAUGAGAGCAUCAUAGAGCGAGAGAUCCGCCUACAGAAGGGCAGAGAGGAAGAAAUGGCAAAGACAAGGAAGACAUCUACCAGCAUGCAACAGUCACAGAAACAAGAGCAGCAUGGUCAUGUACAGCACCAGCAGCCUGUUCAGAAUGAGGUGAAAGAUGUAAACCAUAACAAGGCAAAAGCUGUGUCAUAUGAGGAAGCUAUUGCAAAGAAUGCACAUGAAGGAGAAAGUAUGAUCGCCAAGGAACUCAGAGAACUAAAGGAGAGAGAAGAAGAAUUAAAAAGACUUCGAAGCUCACUGGAUAGCUCCCAUAUUGUGGAUGAAGUAGAUGGAUCAGUGCAUCCAACAUCUCCAAAUCAGACAGCAAAACCUGCAACAGCCAACUCUCAAAGAUCCUCACAAGUUGAGACCCCUUCAGGUCAUGGCCUUUGGCAGAGAGAUAUGUCAGCAUUCGUCUCCCACAAACGAAGGGAAUCUGAAGACUCAGCAUCAAGCCACGGCUCUGUUCGAGCCCCAUCUGACAUACCAUCACGCUAUGAUGUCAAAGUUCGACCAAUAUCUGAUGGUAACAGCGAUGAUGAAGACAAGAAACCAAAUUACUUUGAAAAGCAAGAAACCCCCAUAGAAAGAGAGAUGCGGCUGGCAAGAGAACGAGAAAAUGAACUACGGAGAAUUAAAGGCUUACCUGAACUCAUAUACAAAGAAGAUAAUUCAUAUUCUUCUUACGGUGCUAGUCAUGAAUCUAAUAACAGCUCUUCCAUAAUUAUACCACGCUCAGUCGGAGCAAAACCUAAUGAGUCCAUGAGAAAGUUUGCAACCAGCCGGCUUCAGCAUGAAGUACAACAACAGAAUGAAAGAGAACAUGAGCUCCGCAGUCAAGGCAAAAUUAUUUCAACAUCGGAAGAACAUAUUGAACCAAAGAAAUACAUGGAAAUUGCAGGGCUUGAUAAGGUUGAUGGAACUGAGAAAAGAAAUUUCAUUUCCAAGAAGAUUUCAGUCUCCCAUAGUGAAUCUGAUACAUCUUUAGGAGGACAGACAGAAGUACUGCAAUCUGGUGGGCAGACGAUCAGAAAAACCUCCACUGUUGCAGCUGGUGGAAACAUGUUUUCAUACAAGGAAUUCAAACAGACAGCAGAGUCUAAGAUAGAACGCGAACUGAGAGAAAUGAGAGAGAGAGAAGAGGAACUUAGAAAGCAAAGAACAGGCAGUCAAGCAGAGACUACUCCAUAA